AUUCGGGCUUGUAGUGAAAUGAAAAUUACAUUGUAUUGAUUUUACCCCGCCUUGUGUUUAAAUUUGCAUUCCGAAUUAAUCAAUCGAGACAGUCGGGUUAUCAGCGGUUGACCUAAAAUAUGUAAAGCGCGACACUUUAGAAAUAAGACUAUACAGAAAUCAAUCGCGUGGAUAGGUAUUAUUAUUAUUUAGUGGGCUAAGUAAGGAAUUAGCAGGAUCGAUUUCAGCUAAUUUACUUUAAAGAGUAACUGUUCAAUAGGCCCUCAUUGUUUAAUUGCUGAGUAUUAUCGGUAGGUGUUCGGUGGACAUUUCUGACGAUGCAUUUUGUAGUAACGUUGAUAAAACAUCUUGAUUGAAUGAUAAGAAGAAAAACUACAGAAAUCUAAGCGGAUUAUGAUGGCCACCCCGGACGUUUUACAAACAACUUCAAGCAUGUCGGAAGAUUUCAGCGUAUGUUCACUCUGUCAGGAAACAUUUAAACGUCCAAAAAUGCUACGAUGUCUUCAUACAUUUUGCAACGAGUGUUUGAAUGAUUACAUUGGGCAAAAUCUGACGUCUUCGAAUUGUUUUCCCUGUCCAUCGUGUGACAUAGAUUCGGAAUUGCCCCAGCUUGCGGCUGAAGGGCGCUUUGCGGAUAACUUCAAGGACGACCAAUUUAUGGCGUCUUUCGUGGAGUUGAAGAAAGCCUUACAAGAUGGCAAGUGCUGUGACAUCUGCGUCCGAAGAAAUGAAGAUAUCGUAGCGAAAUCCUGGUGCUCUGAUUGCACGGACGCUCUGUGUGAGGCGUGUUCUCAGGUGCAUAUGCAUGUGAAGGUGACGUCAUCGCACUUAAUGACGUCAUUGGAAGAAAUGAAGAAACAGCCACUUGAUGUUAUUAUGAGAAAGAAGAGCAAAGUUAACUGCGAUAGGCACGGAGAAAAUAUAUCGUUAUUCUGUGUUGACUGUAAGGAUCCUCUGUGCGUACAAUGUUUGGCUGUGUCUCACAGACGCUGCGAAAAUGUCAUCACAGUAAAUGACGCUGUUGCUUCAAGGACUGACAUCGAUAAGAUUCUCGAAACACUUCGCUCGUUCCAAGUGUCAUUAGAUAACGUCGAUGGUCUAAGUGCUGUUGAAAAAGUACUAGAAGAUUCCAUUGAAAAUACUAAACAUGAAAUCACGUAUUUGAGCAACUCUUUGUGUGCUAAGAUACGAGACCAAGAGCAGUUUUUGUUAAAGAAACUGGAAAGCAAAUCAUCAGAGGCAAGACGUUUGUUAAAAGACAGAAUUGAACCAAGAAAACUUCAAACCAAAACGGCAAAAGCAGCGAGUCUAAGAAUGAAUAAUUUGUUGAAAUAUGGAAGCGAUGUCGAAGUUUUGAUGGCAUUUAACCAGAUAAAGAAACAAGUUGAUGAUUUUAAUUUGGACAUUGGAGAAACCAACCCGGAAAAACUAAGAGUAUGUGUUGAAUUUAUUCCGGAUGACACAAGUUUAACAUAUCUGGAUGAGUUGAAAAUGCUGGGUGAAUUGCGCAUUGAAACUGGUGCCGAUGAAGGGAUUUCCUCUUGGGGUGUAACGUGCACAUCGCUUGAAGAUAUUAUCGUAACCGACUGCCAUAAUAAGAGGAUACAAAAGUUCAACAAAGGCGGUGAACUUGUAGACCACAUUCAGUUAGAUGAUGAACCAAGAGAUAUUACAACAUGUGGACUUGGUGAUGAUGUCGCGGUUCCUUUGAUAGGACGCCUUAUCAUUUUCAUUGCUACUAGGAAAUCACUUGCCUUGAUUAAGCGAACCAAAACUGAGCGCCAAUACGACGGUAUUUCAUAUUCAACGAGGGAGAGCUACCUGGUGGUAAGCUGCAUGAGAGAAAAAUGUGUGGAUAUCAUUCAGCUGGAUGGAAGUAUCCUGAAAUCGUACAUGUAUGACAAAAUGAAUGAGUGUUUGUUCGAUCAACCGAGGUAUGUGUCGGCUGCAGUAGACGGCUCAAUCAUCGUGUCGGACACUGGAAGGCACUGCAUUACUUGCAUCAACCCCAGAGGCGAGGUGUUAUUCCGUUACGUGAGCAAGAAUGACUUACGAAAUCCACAGGGUGUAUGCGUUGAUAAAAUCGGAAACGUUUUCGUAGCUGACAAUUCGAACGACAGGAUCCAGUUGCUGACGAGUAACGGUACGUUUCAGCGGUAUGUUCUGGUUAAGGAUUCGGGACUCGAACGUCCCUGUGCUAUUAUAGUCAGUCAUACAAACAGAUUGAUUAUCGUGCAAAAUGAUGGAAUGGUUAAGGUAUAUACGUAUUGUUAAGAUUAAACUACAAAAGUCUUAAUGUAUUCAUUUGCAGCUGUGUACAUUUUCUUAAUUUCAUGAAAACGGUUUAACGUUUUUGAAACAUAAAUAUGAUAGAUAUAUUAUGAAAUUGUGUAUUUUUUGCCACGAAUGUGCUAGUAGUGAAUAUAUGUAUAGUAUAUUUAAUGUGUUUAGAUUUUUAUUGCCGAAUGUUUAACUUAUAUGUCUAUUAUGUAAUGAAUCCAUUUUCACCCAGCAGUGUAUAUGCGUGUAUAUGUGAAAUUUAACAAGAAAUUAUACAAGAGAUAACAUUUUUUUCCGAUUUUUAGGGAUUGAAACGAAACAAUAAAGACAACGUCAUACAAAUAUUUGCACAAAACAUCAUUUCAAUGAAGAUGUUUCACCAGUUGAGAAGAAUAUCUGUUUAUCGCAAUUAGUGUUCUGACAUGUAUUGAUAUUGUAUUGUAGACACACUGUAGCGCCGUUAAAUGUCGCAUCGCCGUUAUAUGUCACAGGCUACGAGAUUUGUCGCAACGUUGACGAUAAAUGUCGCAAGGAACGAUAAAUGUCGCAAAUCCUACUGACGAUAUAUUUCGCAACUUUAACGAUAAAUGUCGCAAAAAUUUCUAGUAAAGAUAUAUGUCCCAACAUUAACGAGAAAUGUCGAACACCUUUGUAAGUCAUGUUAAAAUGAAAAGUUGAAGUAAAAAUGACUAAAACUAUCAGGUUAGAUCUAGAUUAACCGACGGGGUUUAUUUUGGCCGACUUCCACUUGUUGUGGUCAGUAUUGUCCAUAAUUGUCAGCUGCGGUGAAGAUCGACCGAAGCGGUCAUAUUUAUUCAUUUUCGACCAAAAACGUUAAGCUGUAGUCAAAAAUGACAAAAUCCUUGUUUUAAAUUGGUCGAAAAUCGGAGGGGCGAGGGGCCCGUAAUUUUUGCUUUGGGUUUAAGGUCAAUUCGACAAGUUUGGUUAUAUUUAUCGUUCCUUGCGACAUUCAUCGUCAGCGUUGCGACAUAUCUCGUCGUCUGCGACAUAUAACGGCGAUGCGACAUUUAACGGCGCUACACACACACGUUUGUUUACACUCGUAAGCUUAUGCCAAUAUGCAGAAAAACAAAUGGAAUAAUUUCUAUUUUUUAAAAGAAAGUAUACAUUCUUAACUUCAUGUGAAGGUACAUUUAGGACUUUCCAAGAAAAAGUCUUAUUUAUUUUGUAUCUGGUUUACAAUAUACGUGUUUGCCAUCUGUAUUCGUGUGCGUGUGCAAAAAAGCAUUAAUAAUCAGAAGUACUUCGUAUAUGUGCCUUUAUCGAAAAUAAUUAAAU